ACGUCUGUGCGAAGCCCUGCCUUUGUGCGGCUUGGACGUGCAACGUCAGGAUUGACGGAACUGACAUGGGGUGCUAGCCAAUGCUUUCUCUAUUUGAUAAGUACGGGUGAUGCAUCAAGUUUGUAAAAAGCCUGCUCCAAGCCGGCGGGCCGUAUGCUCAGGUAUUCUGGGCGGUAUAUGUCACAUUAUUGACUUUGAGGGAGCAUGCAAUACAGCAUACCUCUUCUGACGUCAUCAUAAACUAAGCAAGACAAGUGUUCUCCUAAGCAAGGGUGGAAACCACUUUGUCGCAAACCCAAUACCAGCAUGGCUGAAGAAGGGGACAUAGCAGUGAGUCAUGAUGAGCAAUUGAGCCAAAAGCUUGGGGGAAACUCUGGGCACAUUGCGGCGCUCAUCGUGCAAAGGGCGUUUCUGAGCAGCAGGCUGCGCAAAGCAAGGGCAGAGAGACUAGGUGUGGAGGCCAUCGCAGAGCGACUGGUCAGGGCAGAUGCUGACCUGCCUCGCAGUUAUGGUUCCAGACGUGGCCUUCAGCUCACAAACCAGCUGUUGAGCAACUCGGAUCGGGCACACGGUGUGUCAAAGAGGGCCCAUGGUCCUCCUGGCAGCGCAUGGGGGACCCUUCUGAUGCAGUCCCAGACAAGAAGAGUCCUGUUCAAGCGACCUGGCAAAAUGACCGACAGCCGGCACCUAGACGCUGCGCAAAUCUGCCGAAGACUCCAGACAGUGGCGGGGCCUCAGCUAGAAACCUGUCAAGCGGAAGAAGUGGUGGACUCUCCCAGACUUGCAGAUUCUCCCCCCACCCCCACUUCCGAUAGCCGCUUCUCUCGGGCCUCUGCCGCUCACCAGCUGACCCCCUACCGGCCCCGUAGGAGUUCCCGCACCCCACCUUCUCUCUUGCAAACUCAAACACAGCCCCAGGAAACUGCUGAAACCGAUACCGUCGACGUAGUCAGGCCCGAACUGCCAUCAGCUGAGGGGUACGAAGAAGAAGUUGCUUUAGAGAGAGGCGAUUCUGCAGUUGCACAGGCUUCCCCAGCGAUUACAAUACGUCACAGACCGGAGAGCAGCUCCACGGACCGCUGCUCGUUAAAUCCCCGGGGUGCUGCUGAGGACCCCGCCUCAGCAACAGCACCGCACGCAGCGCCUCCUUCAGACGUGUUUGAGUCACCCACACGUUACACGACCUCAGUCGAAGACGCUGCGCCUCCAAGUGAAAGCCGUCUUCCCGCUCCGGCGGACUCUGGCAGCCCCCGCGUAGGUCUUCAAGGUCAAAGUAGUUCAGUUUUUGGGUUGUCGCCGUUCCCUGGAGGCACCCCCCCCCCUCCGUCCAAGCUGGUGGCAAAGGCGGCCAAGGAGAUGGACGCGUGGAGGGGGGAGGUGCAGCAGAUGCGGGCAGAGCUGUCAAAGACGUACAGGUCCAUCUGCAAGCUGCAGUCCAUCCUGUGGGAGUCCCCCUCCGCCCGCCGCCUCAUCUCCCCCGCCACCCUGCGUCAGAAACGUUCUCCCUACCGAGCGCUUCACCAUGCCAAACUGCCCCCCAGCCCCCUCUCUCGAAACACCCUACCCCAACACGGAACAAGUGCUAGUCUUGAGCCAGCAGUCGGCUCCCUCAGCUUGCACAGCAAGCUAGACGCAAGAGAUCUGAAGCUCAGACCGGAAGAAGAAAGCAUCAGGGGAAGCGAGUUGGGUAAAAUCAUGCAUGAGCGGUUGCACAGCGGGGCAAACGGUGCAGAAGUCCCGAGCGGCGAAGCCGUUGGAGAUGGGGCAUCCAAGCGGGCGGGGCUGGUCCCGGGUGUGUUUUACCUAGGCACCGCAGAUGGGGGUGUGCCGGCGGCCAGAUCGCUGGACAUGGGCGGUGCGAACAGGGCCGUUCCCGACCCGGGGGUGUCCGAAGGGGAGGCGCCGGACCAGGGUUCUUCGGACACUGGGGUUUCGGACAGGGAGCUUCCUGCCCAGCGGAGGCUCUUCGAGACGGCUGCUUCUGUUCUGGGGGGUCGAAACGGAGGGCCUGCCGGCCCCCAAGAAAGUGAGGGAGAGCCACACGGGAGGAAAGACCCGUCUGGAAAAGCAGGCCCACGUGUGUACGACUUCGCGAGCUGGGACGAAGACGCAACUAGCGGCGGGAGAAAGAACCAAGGGACACGUGUCGGCAGGGGACAGGCGCCUGGGCAGGGCGCUCCUCUGGGGAUCCUGGGCUUCUUGCAGGGGUUGUUCAGUCCCGUUGGAGCCGCCAAGAAGGGGCGAGAAUUUGAGGAAGCAACUAGUGUGGGCGGAGGGGAGGAUGAGGGGGCUUUCUGGGGGUCGGGGUCGGACGAAGAAACGGGAAAUGGGGGGCGGAAUGCGAGUGCGAGCGGUCGGACAGACCACGCAGCGGCAGCAGAGCCAGACACGUGGCACGAUGCCUCUGACGAGGUCCUCUUCGAGCACACGCCCACCGCCAACUCACCGAGCUGCAGUCCCCGGCUCUCGAAAACGCCCCCUGCAGAGGAACGGGCUACUCGGCCUCCCAAUUCUCCCACCAGCAGCCCUUCUCGACGACGGCGAACGGCCGUGCGAUCGCCCGUCCGAUCGAUCGCGGCCGUCCAUCUGCCCCCCCUCACGGCCAGCUACUCGACCACCCCCCCGGCGCUCGCUCCGCCGGCGCCACUCGUUUUCAGCCCCCCGAGAGCGCCCCCUCAGAGCAGCCAAAGUAGAAACCGGGUCCUGGUGGACCGUUCCCACAACGAGAGCGACGAACCGGUUCUGCUAUCGAAGCCGGAGGCCUGGGCAGCGCCUCCGACGCCCUUUCGGGUCGACUCAGAGAACGUGCCCGGAAACGUGGGCUUGUCGAAGGAGUCUAAAAGCAGAAUCAAGCGCGCGGACGGUUCACGGUCCGUGGCCGAGCGAGGCCUCCUUUCUAGUUUCUACCGCGCAGGGGUGGGAAGCCGGCCGCUUCCUCCGGUCACGCGUGACGUUCCCUCCCAGAAAGCAAGCACCGCGCAUUCAAGACCGGGGCUUAAUUUCGCAGCGGAAACUCGGGCUGCGGCGCGGAAUGAAUCGACGCCCGUCAAUGGGCAGGUGAUUGGGGAGGCUGCUCUAGAAGAAGGGCGCCACGUGAAGUGGUGGGACGCGGUCGAGGAAGAAGACAAGGAGAACGGGGUCGCCGGGAAGAAGCCCAAGGAGCGGAGCCCCCGGUACAGCCCCAAGCACAUGUCGGCGACACCCUCCAAGUCGAUUCUCAAGCAGGGUGUCCCCGUUGGGCCUCGCUCUCUCGCACACGCUCGCGACAUACGGCUGCGCAAGUUGCAGGCGCAAGCGGCCCUUGCACCGAAACUCACAGGGAGGGCUUUGAGGAUCAAAGGAAGAUACAUCUGAGGAGAUCCGUGUGGGGACUUCGAAUCCAAACGUACAGUGACCUCCCCGGUAUUUUCGACGUCGCGUCCCAAAGUACACCGUUUAGGACCAAGCGUCCACCAAGAUCGAAGGCACAUUUGGUACGGCGGUUUUGAUUGAAUGGCCGGCCUUCACACAUGCGGCUCCGCAGCCUGGCCGGGUUGGUUGCUGCUAGCUCGACAAUGUACCUAUUUCGACCCGCGCUCUAGUACAAGGGAAGAAGACUCGGCUAUGUAGCGCUGCAUUCUGCUAAGUCUCGCCAAGGGCAUUACUGCCAGCCUGACCACCGUCCCGCCAGCAGCCUGUCUCGUGCUUAGAAAAUUGAG